AUGGAUGUGAAGGGAUGGAUUGCGAGGCUGGGUCAGGCCACCGGAGUCGAGGCCGAGCUCCAAAAGAUCGAGCUCGCCGGCAAGCUGGCGCACGAAGGCGGGGAGGACGACUGCGUGAAGCUGGCGUGGGCGCUGCGGCGCACCAAGGCCGGCCCCACCCACCUCGACCUGUCGUGCAACCAGCUCGGCGAUAAGGCGGCGGCCAAGCUGGCGAAGACGAUCGAGCAGAGCGGGAGCACCAUCGAGCGGGUGCUGCUCCACGACAACACGUUCAGCGGGAAGGGAAUGGACAAGCUGCUCCAGGCCCUCGGCACCAACCUGCGCAUCACCGAGCUCACCAUCGAGCGACAGGGAGCGGCAGAAGAAAAGGACGAAAAGCGGAUUGGGCGGCACAUCAAGCGCGUCCUGGCUUCCACCGCAGAGUUCCACAAGGCCAUCAGCGGCAAGACCGCGACUGUCAACCUCCUCGGGCGAGGGCUGAGCCAAGUGCCCGCCUCGUUCCUGUCGCAGCUCACCCACCUCACCGUCCUCAAUCUCAACCACAACAGGAUCCGGGACCUGCCCGAGGAGAUGUCGCAGCUCACUAAGCUCGAGGAGCUGCGCCUGUCCGAGAACCAGAUCGAGGUGCUCCCUGGCUGGGUGGCAAGGAUGGUCGCGCUCAAGAUCAUCGAUCUCCGCUACAACGAGCGCCUCGUCACACUUCCCUUGGGAUUGGCGCAGCUGCCGAGGCUGGAGUGCCUCGAGUUCGGAGCCAACAAGCAGGACAAACUGAAGCGGCUGCAGGUGCUGCGGGAAUCGCGCUACGCGACGGUAGCGCAGCAGACCGAGGAGGCCGAACGGGACGCCGACCACCAGGUGUUGAUCCCGCAGGAGAUCGUCUUCCACGGAGGCAAGGAAAUCAUCUCCUGGCUCCGAGAGAUGGCCAAGGGCGAGAAGAUCGAACAUCGGUUCAAGGUGAUGGUCGUGGGCUCUCCCGGCGUGGGCAAGACCCUCCUCUCGGAGUGGCUGUUCCAGAAAACCAAAAUGGAGAACCGAAACAUCGACGCUUAUGUGCCGACGCCCACGCACGGUGUAACCCGCACCUGGGCCGAGGUGCCCAACAAGCGGCACAAGUUCAAUCACACGCCCAUCGCGUGCUGCUACGAUUGCGGUGGGGACGAUAUUGGGCCGGAGUUCAUGUUGACCGGCCGCACGGUUUAUGUGGUGGUAUUCAACGUCAUGCAACCAGAAGAGGAGCACUCGCGGCUAGAGCAUUGGCUCAAGCGGAUCAGCAACGGGGUCGAGUCCCCGGUGCCCGUCUUGGCCGUGGCAACGCAUGCCGACGACCGCAACCUGACCGCCGCCCACAAGAAGAAGGUCGGGCUGCUGAUCGACAAGCUCAGGGAGACCUAUCCGGCUCAGCUCAGGGAGCUCUUCCUCGUCAACGCGCGCCAGGGCAAAGGAGUGGACGACGUGCGCAACAAGCUGGUCGACGUGGCUGUCGAUCACUUCUGGCUCGCCCAGCCGGUACCCAAUGGGGCGGGCGGGGCUAGAACGUACGUGGCGCUAUCGACGGCGUUGAUCGAUCUCAACGUGCCGUCGGUGGAGGACCGGGUCAUCGCCAACUGCGACUUGGGCGGGGCGACGCCGGACCCCGAGAACGUGACCCCGGCCCUCGGCUUCCUCGCCGACCUCGGCCUGGUGGUCUACAACAAGCCUCUGGUCACCCUCGAGCCCCUCUGGGUGUCCGAAGCCCUAGGCGAGGCGACGGUGUCGAUUGAAACGAAGAUCGCGCGCGAGGUGCCGCUGACCAGGCCCCGCGGAGACCAGGAGACAGCGGUGCAGCUGCUGGAUCUGGGCGUGGAGGUCCGGCGGCUCGAGAAGGAGUUCGCCCUCAUCCAAGCCCUGCUCGAGAACAAGACCUACUGGCCCAAGGAGGACCUCGGCACCCAGACCAACAACAAGCGGCGGUCGGUGGUGCCCAAACUGAAGCUGGCCAGCUGA